AAUUAAAUAAUAUUUCGAAUUCACCUAUUAAAAAUAGUGCCUUUUUUACCAAAAAAAAACCCAAAGACCGAGCCACCUUACCUCACAAAAUCUUUCAUAAUUUCGAAUGUUAUAAUUUAGGGCACUCAUUUAAUUGUACAUGCCGAACGAAGCGAUUGUGUACUCAGGACCCUACGAAGUGGGACGCCUUCGUCGCCGGCGGGAUCGACGGGUGGAGGAGUAUCUCUUCAGGCGCUCCAUUCGCACCAGCAACCCGCCGCUCGAGGUCACCAUGUGCCGCAUCACCAAGCUGGUGGCCUACUUCAUCGUCUUCUGCGUGCUGCUGGCGGCCUUCACGGGCGGAAUGGCCGUGCUGGUGAUGGCAUUCAACAUACCGCCGGAUAGGCCCGGAUUUAGCAAGUUUCCCGGGUUGUGCAUCCAGCCCGGAAAGUAUGUGGGCGACCAGAAGCAAAUAGUGUGGAGCAUACACAACGAGAAGGAGCUGGGAGCCAUUCGGCGGCAGCUGUCGCGCAUCGUGGAAGGGUAUGGCCUUGAGGGGCCCAAACGCAUGUUGGCCUGCAACCUGGACGACAGCUGGGGCUACGCCACCGGUAAGCCCUGCGUCCUGAUGAAGCUCACCCAGGCGCUGGACUUUGAGGCAAUCACCUACAAUGACGCCAUGACCCUGCCCGAGGAUGCUCCCGAUGAACUGUACGACUACGUGGUGGAUCUGGGCAUGGAGGCGCGAGUAAAUCGCAUCUGGGUGACCUGCCAGGUGAAGAAGGAAGAUGGACUGGAUGUUAAGAUCGACUAUGUGCCGGAUCGCUACUUCGAUGCGGAAGCCUUGUUCACCAAGGGCAAUGUCUUUCUGAACGACUCCUCGGAGGACGAGGGCGGCACUUACUUUGAGGAUCCCAGCCUGAGGCGCCUCAUCGGGGUCCAGUUCAGCAACAUACCGCCCAACAGGGACAUCGUAGUUCGCUGCCAGGUGUGGGCCAAAAACAUCCCACUCUAUAUGGGCACGGCCAGACUGAUGUUGCGACUGACGGCGCCCUUGCAGUCCACCACACCAUUGUUACUGGACGAGUGGUACGACUGAGGCCUGUUGCCCUUAUAAAUGUCUCACUUGAUCUUAAGAAUAUUUAAUUUGAUUUAUUUAACUGUGUAGAUUGUAUAAAGACAAUCAAAUGCCAUCUUUGCAUGCAAAAAUACAAAUAAAUCGACGAUC